UCCGUUCCCUUAUCUGUCUUUAUCUUAAUAUUAUUAUUAUAUGUGUGUAUAUAUCUAUAUAUAUAUAUAGUGAUAUAGAGAGAUAAAGAAGAGUUUUAAGGAAUGAAAGGUAUGUUUGCAAAGCUCGAUCAAAGUAGCCACAAGUUCCAAAGCCACCACUACGAUCUCCGGCAGCUUCAGCCGGAGCACGCUUUCCAAGUCGCCGGCGGCGGGCCGGAAUCGAAAUCUUCCGAAGAAGGUGAUGAUAAUAAGAACAGUGAACUCGUGGUCGCCCCGCAACCGAUUUCAGGUGUUAACGACGGGGCGAGCAUCGAGAUUUCCCGGCGGCCCCGCGGCCGGCCGCCGGGAUCGAAGAACAAGCCAAAGCCGCCGGUGGUGAUAACUCUCGACGCCGGGCCUUCCAUGAGCCCUUACGUGCUCGAAUUGCCCGGCGGGGUUGACUUGAUCGGUUCCGUUACUAGGUUUUGCCGGAAACGGGAUAUGGGGAUUUGUGUCCUAAGCGGGUCGGGUACGGUUUCUGAUGUCACGCUCCGGCAGCCCUCCACCGCGCCCGGGCCCAACAUUAUCUUCCACGGCCGUUUCGAUAUUCUCUCCCUUUCCGCUACGAUUCUGAACCCAAACGUGAAUUUUUCUGCCGUCAGUUCGAGACCGGAGGAUUUCACGAUAGCAUUAGCCGGACCGCAGGGGCAGGUGGUGGGUGGGCCGGUGGUGGGACCGUUGACCACGGCGGGGCCGGUGUACCUGAUCGCCGCCACCUUUAACAAUCCUUUGCAUCACAGGCUGCCGGCGGUGGAUGAGGAGGGCAAGAAUUGUGGCGGUGGAAAUGAGGGCGGCCUACAGUCUUCCGGCGGGGAGGAGAGUGGAGGCGCUGCGGUGGCGGCGGCGGAGGAGCCGCGGGGGCUAUCGUCGACGUUUAACUGUCAAAUGGCGGCGGCGGAUGUGAUAUGGGCGCCAACGGGUAGACAAGCUCCGCCACCCUACUAAAAUGCGCCGCCCAAGUUUAAUUUGGCCGUGGAUAAGCUAGUGUUGGGUUUUGGUUUCUUGUUUGUUUAGUUUUAGCUUGACCUUUAAAGUCUUGACUCUUGAGUUUGUAUCUUAAAAGUAUCUACUUUUGGUUAUGUCUAGUAACGUAGAUAUAUAUGGCUCGGAAUGUUUAUCUUCUUGCUAGUGUGAAUAUUUGCAUUUAAAUUUAUUAAAACCUAAAAACAAAUUAAUGUACUGGUUGUAUGGUUUGAAAUAGUUAUCAUUUUAUUAUUGAGUUAA